AGUGUUGUGAACAAAGACUUGUUUGGAUUAUAUGUUUCUCAGCAAGACUAAACAAAUGUUAACAAUGGAUAAGUGCAAACACAUUGGGCAGUUGCGGCUUGCCCAAGACCAUUCCAUCCUCAACCCUCAGAAAUGGCAUUGUGUAGACUGCAAUACAACCGAGUCAAUUUGGGCCUGCCUUAGCUGUUGUCAUGUUGCCUGUGGAAGAUAUAUUGAAGAACAUGCACUCAAGCACUUUCAAGAAAGCAGUCAUCCUGUUGCAUUGGAGGUGAAUGAGAUGUACGUUUUUUGUUACUUUUGUGAUGAUUAUAUUCUUAAUGAUAAUGUAGCUGGAGACCUGAAGUUACUACGAAGUACAUUAAAUGCAAUAAAAAAUCAGAGUUACCAUUGUACCACUCGUAGUGGAAGGAUUUUACGGUCUAUGGGUACAGGUGAUUCUUAUUUCUUACAUGAUGGUGCCCAAUCUCUGCUUCAAAGUGAAGAUCAAAUGUACACUGCUCUUUGGCACAGGAGGAGGAUACUAAUGGGUAAAAUCUUUCGUAUUUGGUUUGAUCAGUCACCCAUUGGAAGAAAAAAGCAUGAAGAACAGUUUCAAGAAAAAAUAGAAAUAAGAGAAGUGAAAAAAAGACAGCAAGAAUUAAAGUAUGAAGUUAAAGCAGAAUUGGAAACUAUCCCUCCAAGAAAAAGUUUACGUUUGCAAAGUCUAGCUCAGUCUGCCACAAUAGAAAUAGUUCCUAUUCAAGUAUCUCUACAAACCCCAGCAUCACCAGCAAAAGAUAAAGUAGUAUCUACCUCAGAAGAUGUGAGAUUGAAAAAAAACAGUGACUCCUCAGUUAAAGGAAGGCCAAUAGUAGCGCCUGGGGUAACAGGAUUGAGAAAUUUGGGAAAUACUUGCUAUAUGAAUUCUGUUCUUCAAGUGUUGAGUCAUUUACUUAUUUUUCGACAAUGUUUUUUGGAACUUGAUUUGAAUCGAUGGCUGGCUGUGACAGCUAGUGAUCAGACAAGAUCAUCUUAUAAGCAUCCACCAAUUACAGAUACAGUAUAUCAAAUGAGUGAAAGCCAAGAAAAAGAUACAGGCUCUGUUCACUCCACAUACUCAAGUUUAUCAUCAGGACUAAGUGGUGGAGCAUUAAAGAGAAGGAAGAUGGAACUUAUUCAACUAAGGGAGCCAAGUUCACAGUACAUUUCUCUCUGCCAUGAAUUGCAUACCUUGUUCCAAGUCAUGUGGUCUGGAAAGUGGGCCUUGGUGUCACCAUUCGCUAUGCUACACUCAGUGUGGAGACUAAUUCCUGCUUUUCGUGGUUAUGCCCAACAGGAUGCUCAGGAAUUCCUUUGUGAACUUUUGGAUAAAAUACAACAUGAACUAGAAACAACUGGUACUAGGUUACCAGCUCUUAUCCCCACUUCUCAAAGGAAACUUAUUAAACAUGUUCUGAAUGUUGUGAAUAACAUCUUUCAUGGACAACUUCUUAGUCAGGUUACAUGUCUUGCAUGUGACAACAAAUCAAAUACCAUAGAAGCUUUCUGGGACUUGUCCUUGGAAUUUCCAGAAAGAUACCAGUGCAAUGGAAAAGAUACUGUUUCCCAGCCAUGUCUGGUUACUGAAAUGUUGGCCAAUUUCACAGAAACUGAAGUUUUGGAAGGAAAAAUCUACGUAUGUGACCAGUGUAACUCAAAGCGUAGAAGGUUUUCCUCAAAACCAGUUGUACUCACAAAAGCCCAAAAACAGCUUAUGAUAUGCCACCUACCUCAGGUACUCAGACUACAUCUCAAACGAUUCAGGUGGUCAGGAUGUAAUAACCGGGAGAAGAUUGGUGUUCAUGUUGGCUUUGAAGAAAUCUUAAACAUGGAGCCCUAUUGCUGCAGGGAGUCCCUGCAGUCCCUCAGACCAGAAUGUUUUAUCUAUGACUUAUCUGCUGUAGUAAUGCACCAUGGGAAAGGAUUUGGCUCAGGACACUACACUGCCUACUGCUAUAAUUCUGAAGGAGGGUUCUGGGUACACUGCAAUGAUUCCAAGCUAAGUAUGUGCACUAUGGAGGAAGUAUGCAAGGCCCAAGCUUAUAUCUUGUUUUAUACCCAGCGAAUUACUGAGAAUGGACAUUCUAAACUCUUGCCUGCAGAACUCCUGUCUGGUAGCCAACAACCCAGUGAAGAAGCUGAUACCUCUCCUAAUGAAAUCCUUAGCUGAUCCAAAGACAGUGGGGCUUUUCUUGUGAUUUUAUAUAUACUUUUUUAAAGUGCUGACUUACAAUUUUGAGCUUCAUUUUUUUUUUUUUUACUUAUGAAUCAGUGCACACUGUUUAUACAUUUUUGUAUCUGUAAUAAUAGAGACAGUCAGCAUAAAUACAUGUAUAUUAGUAUAGGAAGUAACUAAACUUUUUUCAACUCCUUGGGAGUUUUAAAUCUUUAGAGUAUA